AUGGGUUUUAAUGGUUACUUUGUUAGAAUAAUGGGUACUUCUGGUGCUGUUAAGGAUUGGAAUAUUCCAUUAAGUUAUAUGAGAGCAGAGACAUACCAAGCUGCUUUACAUGGUCAAGAUUUAGACAGUUAUCGUGAUGCAGACGGAUCAUUACACAGAACAGCAUUAAAGUAUGUUGCUCCAAAGGUUGAAUUUAAUCUGCCUUUUAUGGAUUCAGACAGAAUGAAUGAUUUUAUGUCUAAACUACGUGCAAGAUAUACUGAUAAGACAGAAAAGAAGCUUAGAGCUAGUGUUUAUAUGCCAGAACUAGAUGAUUAUGUUACACAUGAUUUCUAUGUUCCAGAUAUAACAUUUACACCUUAUACAACAUACAAGAAUAAGGAUAUAUAUUCAGAAGCUUUAAGCCUGGAAGAAUCAUUGUUGGAAGGUGACACGAUUCAGUUUGAUGUUGUUAAUCAGCAAAUGGAUGUAAUCAUUAAGUUUACGGAUAGCAUUGACAGAAACUUUAGUUUUAAACUUGGAACAUAUAAUGUAUUCUCGGCAGAACGUACAGCAGACAGAAUGUGGAAAGAGAUUGUAGCAUACGAUAACAUGACAAAGUUUGAUGUAGACUUUUCAGAUAGAUACAACUUCUUUUUCUCAGAUGGCAAUGAACAUACAGUAAGAGAAUUGUUCAAUUUUAUCUGUAGCAUGGUUAGAGUUGAGGUUGAUACUGGAAGCACUGGUAAAGAUUAUCCAAACUUUGAUAUGAGUAUUGGAAAGACUAUUGAGCCAACAUCUUUAAGUGCUAGAGCAUUGAUGCAAUAUAUAUGUGAGAUUAUUGGUGUCUUUGGUCAUAUUAACAAUGAAGGACAGUUUGAGUUUAUCGACUUUAAAAAAGGUCUUUUAUAUCCAAGAAAAGGUUUAUAUCCACAUAAAGGUUUAUAUCCUUCUUCAAAUGCUUACGAUUCACCAAAUGACGUUACAAUCUAUAAGAGUUGUGAUUUCAAAGACUUUACAACAGAUAAGAUUGAUGGAAUUGCUAUUAGAAUGGAAGCUGAUGAUAUUGGUGUUUUGUAUAGCACUAAGAAAAAUGCUGAAAACGUGUAUUCAAUAAUUUCCAAUCCUUUAACUUUUGGCAAAGAAAAGGAAGAAUUAGAAGAAAUUGCAAAGAAUCUGUUUAAGAUUUAUUCUGUAUUCUACUAUACACCAUGCAAUUUAGUUGUUGCUAAGAGUUUAGACUUGCAGCUUGGUACUGUAUUUGAUGUAUACGCUAAAAUUCCAAGAGAGAAUGAUGUGUUGGAAACAAAGUUUACGUCUUUUGCAUUGACACGUUCAUUAAACGGUAUUCAGGCUAUUUCAAACAAUUUAGUAGCACAGGGUACAAAAUCUCAACAACAGUACAUAAGUCCUAUUACAAGGGAAUUUACGAGCAUACAGGGCAAGUAUAACAAGGUUGUGGAAGAUAUUAAUGGUUACAGACGUGAAAUGGGUGAUAUUUCAAGAGGUCUUAAUACAAAAAUUGAUGAAACAGCAGAAGGUAUUUCCAUUCAAAUGACAGACUUACAACAAAAUCUUGAAGGUCAAAUUAGUGCAUCUGCUAGAGGUUUGGAAGCAAAAUUUAAAGAAACUUACACAACAAAAGAUUAUUUGCAAGAACUUGGAAUCGCUGGUGAGAACUUAUUGCUUAAAAGUGAUUUGAAUAAUGCAGAUUUCAAUGAUGUAUGGGAAUUACAUGGUGCUACCAUUGACAAUGAGCGUGGAGUAAUUGUGUUUGAUGCAAAUGGUUACGCAGACUUUAAGUGUCAUCCUAGAAUGGAAUUAGAAGAAGAUUAUACAUUUUCAUGUUUGGGGUUGUAUUAUAAUGAUGACAGCGAAGGUGCUUUACCACCAACAAUAAUGUUUGAGUUGCAUUAUGAUGUAGAGGGUAUGGUUGUGCCAGAAAUUGUUUAUGGUAGGAUUCCAUUGAUUAAACCUUCACUCACAUUUAAACCAAAAGCACAAUAUUUAAGAUAUAUAAGAGUUUAUGGUGAUAGUGUAGCUGGGUGGGAAGUUCCUAAAUUUAAACUUGAAAAAGGAAAACAAGCUACUUCAUGGACACCAGCACCGUCAGACAGUACAACAGGACAGAUUAAUACAUUACGAGAAGAAUUUGAAUCGGAGUUAAAGGAAACAGCAAGAGAGAUUAAAACAACAGUUGCAAAAACAACUUAUGCUUACAAUGAAGUUGAUGCAGAAGGAAAUCCAAUUACAGUUAAAUUCUAUGCUUAUGGUAUUCCAGAGUUAAACACUGAUGUUUGGAGUGGUAAGCAAGUCACAGAUGAUAUUUAUUUGGAUAUGGAAACAGGACAGACAUAUAAGUUUGGUAGAACGUCUUGGAGUACAUAUAUUAAGCUAGAAACAAAAGCAGAUUCACUUACUUCCAUGAUAGACCAAAAGCCAGAAUCAGUUGAGAUACUUAUUACUGGAAAAGGUAAGUCGGUUGGAAUGAAGAUAAGAAUGUUAGAUGCAGAAGGAAAUCCAGUGUCAAUCAGUGAAGAAGCAGAUAUUGAUUUGGCUGGUAUGGUAUCAUUUACAGACUUAUUGAACAAUUCUAAAACAAUUAUCAACGGUGAUUACAUUAAGACUGGUACUAUUGAUGCAAACAUAGUUAGAGUAAUCAAUAUGGUAGCAGAUAGUAUUGUUGCUGGUGUAUUAAAAUCAAGAGAUUACCAAGAGAGUGAUAUUGAGUAUGAUGAUGAUGGAAACAUUAUAUCUGGAUCAGUUAAAUCUGGUAUUAAAUUUGAUUUGGAUAAUAGACAUAUUCGUACACCUCAAAUAGAUAUUGCAGAUGAUUACAUUGAUGUUAAUGGUCAUGGAACAUUUGGAAUUAGAGGUAGUGGUGAUGUUGGUAAUUUAUCAUUUACCAAUGGUUUAAAUAAUGUUGCAAGUGGAAACUUUAGUCAUGCAGAAGCACAAGGAACUACAGCAGAAGAAGGUUACGAAACAAUAGCAAGUGGAUAUGCUUCUCAUGCAGAAGGUCAAGGCACUAUAGCAAGUGAACCUAAUCAAACUGUUGUUGGAAAGUACAAUAAAGAAUCUAAAUCAUUGUUUGUUGUUGGUAAUGGUAGUGCAAGCAAUAGAAAAAAUGCUUUUGAAGUAGAUGAAAAAGGUCAUAUUAUUGGUGGUGGUUAUGGAAUUAUCGGUCAUGGAUAUGGCAAUUCUGGUUGGACUUCUGCAAAUUACAACACCGAAACAUUCUUGAAUGCUUUUUCAACAAUAGCAAAUCAAGAUACAGAUUACUACACAAAGACAACCAAUAGUUCAAUUAAGUUUAAAAGGGAUUGCUUAUGUACUGUAACAGCUAGAGUUGGCUAUUAUUCGUCUGUAGCAAAUGUAAGAGGUGAUUUUACACCUUUUAUCAACUUUGUCAGAAUGGCAGCUUAUUCAAUCCAAUGUAGCACUGCAAAGGCUGGAAACACUGGUGCAAACAUUCAGCUUGUAACAUUCACAUAUCCAUUUAAAAAGGAUGAUAUAUUAGAGUUUUCAUGCAGAACUGUUGAUACUGGUGGAAAUGUUUAUUUUAACAUUGGUGAUGUAAUGAUAACUAAGAUUUUAGGUUAA